UCAGGCAGAGGACAUGACUCCAGUGGUGGGAUGGGAUCCGCGCGUGGGUGUGCUCGUGGCCGAUUGGUUCCAAAGCAGCAUAGGUACCAGAUUGCUGAGAGUGGUUGCAGGGGCAUUCCAGCGCUUUGGGCUGGAGCUGGAGUAUUUAGCAGAGGCGUCGUGGUUCUACGAUAUGGAUGAGUCGAGUGUGUCGGAGCUCAAGUGGAAGAUCUGGACUGUGGCAAUCGCCCACGUCCUCCGGGUUCCCGUCCCGGAGGUUUUCUUGCACCUCUUCAUCGCUGCCGACUAUUUCACGCGCCAGCGAGAUCUCCCCAACCAGCAACGUUACGGUGGCCCGACAGUACUGUCUUUCGUGCUCCCUUGCUACUACGUUACACACAAGCUUGAAGUGCUCAUGGAGAGAGAUAUUCCGACGCCAGCCACUGAAGCGAUGUAUUCGGCGGAAGGAAUUACAUAUCUUGUGUCGCUCAUGUCUAGAGUUCCCUCUACUUUCUCGGCGCGAACAUGUCUUGUGGAUGCCCUUCUCCUGUUUGAUGUGAGCGAGCAGCUCUGCGUGCUCUUCUUCGCGUGGCUGCACCUCCAGGUCCAAGCAAACAAGCAGCCGCGCGAAUGGCUCGACGCUUUCGUAGCUCAAGCCAAAGCUGGCGGCGGGGGGCACCUGGGCAAACUCUUGCUCUGCUUCCUAGACACCGUGCACGCAUACAGGUUUCAGAAAUUCUUUCUGCCAACCAGGGAGAACAUCGACAACGUCUAUAACGUUUGGUUCAAGGAACUCCCGAUGAUAGAGUGGCAAUCGAUCGACCUCACCCCCGGCGUCCGCCAGGUGUUGGAGGAGGUGGUGGCAGCAGUGACUCACACAUUCGAGUGGGACCAAAGCCUUGUUGUACCUCUGGAGUGCUGGGUUCGAAGGAGCUCGCUCGUUUACCAGUACAGGCCUCGCGAGGUCUCAUACUUUAUGGACUUUAAGGAUGCAAGCUUGCAAAUUGGCCGUUUGAUCUACACUUGGACACUGACGAGGAAGGGGCAGCGGGACCAUGCCGAGCUCCAGACGCUGUGCUCGACGGGCAAGUCGAUCGUGGAGCACGCACAGUCGGUGACAGCGGGAAGCAGCGACGAGCGCCAGCUCUACCGUGCCGCCGCUGCCGUUUUCGGCAAGGAUUUUAGCGGCCAUUUCGUGCAGCUGUGCAGGAACGCGCAGUGGGAGCCGGAUGGGGUCCCUUGCUCGCAAUCCGAGCUGGGAGAAAUAAGGGAGCUGGCAUGGAGAGGGCUGAUUGUAGUCUUCAACUUCCAGCACAGAGUUCCGGAGCAUUACUUUGACGACGGCCAUAAACAAAUGAGUAUUGUGCCGUUCGGUGCCAUGGUCGUCUACAUUGUUCACCUGAUAUUUGAGGAUCACUUGGCUCUGGACAUUGAUCGCAAAGCGUCACAAGAAUGCACGGUGGCUCUAAAUAGUCACCCAAACCUUGAUACAAUCUGGAGCACAAGAGGCAUUUUUAUUGCAUCAGAUGCGACUAAGAAGAGAUGUCUAACUCUUGAGAAGUUGAUAAACUCUCCCAAAGUACAGGGGGCCCUGGGAGCCAGCGCUGGUGAAAUAGGCGAUGCUAUGGUCAAGGCGAUUGCAGUUGGUGGUACAUAUUAUGAUCGGGAACACAAGGAGUUGUGGUUUAAAGUGGCGAAAAUAUUUAGAUGGAGUUAUGAGAGGCUCACUGCAUAUAUUAUAGCAUAUGCAAUGUCCAAAGGAAUAAUUUAAAAAGUGCAUGGAUCAGCACGUCAUGAGAGUGCCUCCAGGCCUUUAAAAUACA